UCAGAUUCCUGUCAGCGGCGGCGGCGGUGGCGGCGACCGUCAGUUUUCGCUGAGGAGAAGCACGAAACGGACCCGUUGGCUCUCCCCCCUCCCUUUCCCCGCCCUGAACCCCCCUCCUGGCUCGCCGGGAAUUAGUCCCCGUGGAGUUUCGCCUCCACCUCGCUGCGGUUUCCUCGGCCCGGUGGAAGUCACUGCCCUCGAGGAGGAGGCAGCAGCGGCAGCCGCCCUCGCCUCGCCGCCCCCGGUUCGGUGCCCGCGGUCCCGGAGAGGAGGUGCCGCCGCCACCGCCGCUCCCCCCCUCCCGCUGCCCUCGGGCCGGGCUGGGUCGAGCUGCGAUGCCCUCGGACUUCAUCUCAUUGCUCAGCGCGGACCUAGACCUGGAAUCGCCCAAGUCCCUGUACUCGCGAGAUUCUCUGAAGUUACACCCAUCACAGAAUUUUCAUAGAGCUGGACUAUUGGAAGAAUCUGUCUAUGAUCUUCUCCCAAAGGAGUUACAGUUACCUCCAUCUAGAGAAACAUCUGUAGCAUCAAUGAGUCAGACAAGUGGUGGUGAGGCAGGCUCGCCUCCUCCAGCUGUAGUUGCUGCUGAUGCUUCUUCAGCUCCCUCCUCUUCCUCCAUGGGCGGUGCUUGCAGCUCCUUUACCACCUCUUCCAGCCCUACCAUUUAUUCUACCUCAGUCACCGACAGCAAGGCUAUGCAAGUGGAGAGCUGCUCCUCAGCCUUGGGGGUAAGUAACAGAGGGGUAAGUGAAAAGCAGUUAACCAGUAACACAGUUCAGCAGCAUCCAUCAACACCGAAGAGGCACACAGUCUUGUACAUCUCACCACCACCUGAGGACUUGCUGGAUAACAGUCGGAUGUCCUGCCAGGAUGAGGGGUGUGGAUUGGAAUCAGAGCAGAGCUGCAGUAUGUGGAUGGAGGAUUCCCCCUCCAACUUCAGUAACAUGAGCACCAGUUCCUACAAUGAUAACACUGAGGUACCUCGUAAAUCACGAAAACGAAAUCCAAAGCAGAGGCCGGGGGUCAAACGACGAGAUUGUGAAGAAUCUAAUAUGGAUAUAUUUGAUGCCGACAGUGCCAAAGCACCUCACUAUGUGCUUUCUCAGCUUACCACGGACAACAAAGGCAACUCAAAAGCAGGAAAUGGAACAUUGGAAAACCAAAAAGGCAGUGGAGUAAAGAAGAGCCCUAUGUUGUGCGGACAGUAUCCUGUUAAAAGUGAGGGAAAGGAGCUGAAGAUAGUUGUACAGCCUGAGACCCAGCACCGAGCUCGGUACCUGACUGAGGGUAGCCGUGGCUCAGUAAAGGAUAGAACACAGCAAGGCUUUCCUACAGUAAAGCUGGAGGGCCAUAAUGAGCCAGUAGUGUUGCAAGUGUUUGUGGGCAAUGACUCUGGUCGAGUGAAACCACAUGGAUUUUAUCAGGCCUGCAGGGUAACUGGGCGAAAUACAACUCCCUGUAAAGAGGUGGACAUUGAAGGCACUACUGUUAUAGAAGUUGGCCUUGAUCCAAGCAACAACAUGACAUUGGCGGUGGACUGCGUAGGGAUAUUGAAAUUGAGGAAUGCUGAUGUUGAAGCCAGAAUAGGAAUUGCUGGUUCCAAGAAAAAAAGCACUCGUGCAAGAUUGGUUUUUAGAGUUAAUAUCACAAGGAAAGAUGGCUCCACUUUGACACUGCAAACACCCUCCUCUCCGAUUUUAUGUACUCAGCCAGCAGGAGUGCCAGAAAUCUUAAAGAAAAGCUUGCAUAGCUGUUCAGUGAAAGGAGAGGAAGAAGUAUUUUUAAUCGGCAAGAACUUUCUGAAAGGAACUAAAGUUAUUUUCCAAGAAAAUAUUUCUGAUGAAAACUCUUGGAAGUCAGAAGCUGAAAUUGACAUGGAAUUAUUUCAUCAGAAUCAUCUUAUUGUGAAGGUUCCCCCAUAUCAUGACCAACAUAUAACUUUGCCAGUCUCCGUGGGAAUAUAUGUAGUGACCAAUGCUGGAAGAUCUCAUGAUGUUCAGCCAUUCACUUACACUCCAGACCCAGCAGCAGCUGGUGCUUUGAAUGUAAAUGUGAAGAAAGAAAUAUCUAGUCCUUCAAGACCUUGCUCUUUUGAAGAGGCCAUGAAAGCAAUGAAAACUACUGGUUGUAACUUAGAUAAGGUAAAUAUUCUUCCCAGUGCUCUGAUCACUCCACUCAUAUCAAGCAGUAUGAUUAAGAGUGAAGAUGUUACUCCAAUGGAAGUAACAGAAAAAAGAUCUUCCCCUAUUUUUAAGACUACAAAGACAGUUGGAUCAACUCAACAAACAUUAGAAAAUAUCUCUAACAUAGCAGGAAAUGGGUCUUUUUCAUCAUCAUCAUCUUCCCACUUACCUUCUGAAAAUGAAAAGCAGCAGCAGAUUCAGCCCAAGACCUACAACCCAGACACCCUGACAACUAUCCAGACACAGGACAUUUCACAGCCUGGUACCUUUCCAGCAGUUUCUGCUUCUAGUCAGCUGCCCAACAAUGAUGCACUACUGCAGCCGGCUACACCAUUUCAGACAAGAGACACUCAGUCCAGAGAAGUAUUACAAUCUGAUGGCACAGUGGUUAAUUUGUCACACCUGACUGAGUCAUCCCAGCAACAGCAGCAGUCACCACUACAAGAACAAGCACAGACUUUACAGCAGCAGAUGUCAUCAAAUAUUUUCCCAUCCCCAAACAGCGUGAGUCAGCUACAGAAUACGAUUCAGCAUUUGCAAGCCGGAAGUUUUACGGGCAGUACUGCUAGUGGCAGCAGUGGAAAUGUUGACUUGGUCCAGCAAGUUUUAGAGGCACAACAACAGUUAUCUUCAGUUUUGUUUUCUGCUCCAGAUGGUAAUGAGAAUGUUCAAGAACAGCUUAGUGCAGACAUUUUUCAACAAGUCAGUCAAAUUCAAAACAGCGUAAGCCCUGGAAUGUUCUCCUCAACAGAGCCAACAGUCCAUACUAGACCAGAUAAUUUAAUAGCUGGAAGAGCCGAAAGUGUUCACCCACAGAGCGAAAACACGUUAUCCAAUCAGCAACAGCAACAACAGCAGCAGCAAGUGAUGGAAUCAUCGGCUGCAAUGGUGAUGGAGAUGCAACAGAGUAUCUGUCAGGCAGCUGCCCAGAUUCAGUCGGAGUUAUUUCCUUCACCGGCUUCAGCAAAUGGAAACCUUCAGCAAUCUCCAGUUUAUCAGCAGACCUCUCACAUGAUGAGCGCAUUAUCUACCAAUGAGGACAUGCAAAUGCAGUGCGAAUUGUUCUCUUCUCCCCCUGCAGUUUCUGGAAAUGAAACUACUACAACCACCACGCAGCAGGUUGCCACCCCUGGCACUACCAUGUUUCAGACAUCAAGUUCAGGAGAUGGAGAAGAGACUGGAGCACAAGCCAAGCAGAUUCAGAACAGUGUCUUUCAGACCAUGGUCCAAAUGCAACAUAGUGGGGACAGUCAACCUCAAGUAAACCUUUUCUCAUCUACGAAAAGUAUAAUGGGUGUUCAGAAUAAUGGUACUCAGCAACAAGGUAAUGGUUUAUUCCAACAAAGUAAUGAGAUGAUGUCCCUCCAAUCUGGGAAUUUUUUGCAGCAGUCUUCUCAUUCACAGGCUCCACUUUUUCAUCCCCAAAAUCCUAUUGCUGAUGCUCAGAACCUUUCCCAGGAAACUCAAGGUUCUAUUUUUCAUAGCCCAAGUCCUAUUGUUCACAGUCAGACUUCUACAACGUCCUCGGAACAAAUGCAGCCUCCGAUGUUUCACUCGCAAAGUACCAUGGCUGUGCUACAGGGCUCUUCUGUUCCUCAAGACCAGCAGUCAGCCAACAUAUUUCUUUCCCAGAGUCCAAUGAAUAAUCUUCAAAGUAACACCGUAGCCCAAGAAGAACAGAUUUCAUUUUUUGCAGCUCAGAACUCAAUUUCUCCGCUUCAGUCCACAUCUAACACUGAGCAGCAAGCUGCUUUUCAACAGCAGGCUCCAAUAUCACACAUCCAGACCCCGUUGCUUUCCCAGGAACAGGCCCAACCCUCCCAGCAAGGUAUAUUUCAGCCUCAGGUGUCCCUGGGCUCCCUUCCUCCAAAUCCAAUGCCUCAAAACCAACAAGGAACAAUUUUCCAGUCACAGCACUCAAUGGUUGCUAUCCAGAGUAACUCUCCAUCCCAGGAACAGCAGCAGCAGCAACAGCAGCAGCAGCAGCAGCAGCAACAGCAACAACAGCAAAGCAUUUUGUUCAGUAAUCAGAACACCAUGGCUACAAUGGCAUCUCAGAAGCAGCCACCGCCAAACAUGAUAUUCAACCCAAGUCCAAACGCGCUGGCUAACCAGGAGCAACAGAAUCAGUCCAUCUUUCACCAACAAAAUAAUAUGGCCCCCAUGAACCAAGAGCAGCAGCCCAUGCAAUUUCAGAACCAGCCUACAGUUUCCUCUCUUCAGAACCCAGGUCCUACCCAGUCUGAGUCACCACAGACUUCCUUGUUCCAUAGCUCUCCUCAGAUUCAGUUAGUCCAAGGGUCACCCAGUUCUCAAGAGCAGCAAGUAACACUGUUCCUCUCUCCAGCAUCCAUGUCUGCUUUGCAGACCACUAUGAACCAACAAGACAUGCAGCAGUCUCCUCUUUAUUCCCCUCAGAACAACAUGCCUGGAAUCCAAGGAGCCACAUCUUCACCUCAACCACAGGCUACUUUAUUUCACAACACUACUGGAGGCACAAUGAACCAACUACAGAAUUCUCCUGGCUCAUCUCAACAGACUUCAGGAAUGUUCUUAUUUGGCAUUCAAAAUAACUGUAGUCAGCUUUUAACUUCUGGACCAGCUACAUUGCCAGAUCAGUUGAUGGCCAUAAGUCAGCCAGGCCAACCACAGAAUGAGGGCCAGCCACCUGUGACAACACUUCUUUCUCAGCAAAUGCCAGAGAGUUCUUCACUAACGUCCUCUAUAAACACCAACCAGAACAUUGAAAAGAUUGAUUUGCUUGUUUCAUUGCAAAACCAAGGGAACAACUUGACUGGCACCUUUUAACUGGAUAAAAAUUCCAUGAAGAAAAUUCUGAUUCCAAGAUGUCCUGAGAUCAUGUGAUUCCAUGAGGAUUUUUGAACUGUUACUUUAAAAACAAAACAAAGUAUGAAAAACUGUGAUUGAGUAAAUGGAUAGAUUUUACUCUUACUGCAAAAAAGCACACCUGUGCUGCCUGUUGCAGUGAUUAGCCACCGUUGUUAACAUCUUAAUAUUUUAUAUUCCUAAUAACAGUGAUGACUGAGAAUCUAUUUGAGUUUCCAGCUGACAGAAUUAAUUGUUGCUAUUUUCCUAGGCGCUAUCUCUUUGAAAGUAUAGUUCAAAUUCAAAAGCUGGACUGCUCAGUUAUUAUUGCUAUUAGAAAAUAAUUCAUAUUGUCAUGUUUACUUUUGUUCUUCAUUCAUAUUUUCUUACCUGCAUUGUUUUAGUCAAGUAAUGGCUUUUGAAAAAGGAAAGUUCAAAUAGUAACUAAAAGUAAGGCUGUGGUUUUCCAAUAUAAAAAGCACAGCUAUUGGCCAAAAUGAAGGAAUCUUUUUUCAGUUUUUAUGGAGAAACUGAAGGGGUAACAUUCUGACAAGUUAACUUAGUAAGAGCUCUACACAGAUGAGAGGCCUCUUUAUUACAAAGGCAGACAACACACAAUCUAGGAACAGCUGAAAUGCUAUUGAUUUUAUUUUCCAGAGAGUUGUUCAUUCUCUGUGUUUCUAUUAAGGGUUUUAGCCAUACCUGUGCAGAGAAGAAUAAUUAUCUUGCUCUAUCAAAAAAAUGAAGGGGUUAAUACAUGGUAAAUUGUGUUCUGAUAUCCUCCUAUAGCAGUUAAAACUGACAGAGCAACUUCAGUCUGUUUUCUUCUUAUCCCCGUCUUGGACCGGUGUUCCCUUUUUAUGUUCAUUUUUAUUAUUCUCCCCCUCUUCUUCACUUUAUUUUAGACAAUUAGUAAUAUACUACGAGCUUUGUGACCCUGUAGCAACUUAAAGGGAAAGGCCGCUUUGGUCUGGGGUAACCCAGCAACUCCUGCAGCACAGGCAGGGUGGGGGGCCACUCUUUUAGGAGUGAGGGGAGCUGAUUCCUGAGAAACAAGAAACAAUGCAUUUUUUUCCCCAUGAACGGUGCUGUCCUGAAGUCUUCAAAUUUUUCCCUCUAAUAGGAAACAGUGUACAUUUUAAUUAAAAAAAAAAAAAAAAAAAAGCAAACUAAAAUUUCUUGAAACAUCACUUCUCCCUAAACUGCAGUGAGUGUAAUUCACUUGUCACCUCAGUGCUUUACAGUUUGAAGUGGUCACUUAUCUGAUGGUUCCCACAAGCCUUAGGCUUUACAGGGUCAUAUCAUUGACUUAAAAUGAAGAAUUAACUUGUGUUACGUCUCUAGAGAGCAAAAUUACACACUCCAGAAUUUGCAGUUGCAGUUGUAGCAUUAGUUACACAGUUUUGGGUGUUCUUGCCACCCACGGGAUGCCUGCUUCUCACGACAACCUGUCGUUUGGGCACGUGCUUACGUCUCGUUUUCCUUUUGGCAUGUAGAAAGCUGUUUAUACAGUUUAAGGCCAAAUUGUGUGUGGCUUCUAUAUGUAGAUAAGAUGUUUUGGUAUUCAUGUCUGUUUCAUUUAUUUUUAUUAAGUGUACAAAAAAAAUAGCCUGUUAAUUAUUUGUUGAAGGCUACUUUUCUGUUGUGUUUUUUUUUUUUUUUAAUUUGUUUUCUAUCCUAUACAUUUAGUUGAACUUUGUGGAAUUGUGGUGUUGGUUUUGUUUAUACAGCCAGAUUUUUUUCCCCCUUUUUGUGGUCCUCCUUAGUUCUUUGAAUGUGCUCUUCUCCUAAUUUGUUUUUUCUCUUUGUUCUUAUAUAUUCUUCCCUCCACCCUGACCCUUUCUUUCUUUCUCUCUCUGAUUGAGAGGCAUUGAAUUACGUUUUCAGUAGUACAGGCUUCUUGCCGAUAUGAAGGGAACUUUUCAGAAAGAGACCUACUCUGGGUCAUUUACUUUUGAAUACAGUUUUCAAUCGUUCAAGUUUUGGAUGGUUUAUAUCUAAUGUGUGUUUCAUUUUUUUGGAAAGCUAUAUUUUGUAUUUAGGAAAUGGUAUACUAUUUUGCUAUUUGUACUGAGUGAGUACAUUGGCAUAAAUAUAGAAAUUUAUAUAUAUACAUAUAUAUAAACUAUUCUUUUUUUGCCACACAUUUUUGUGGUAAAUUUGUGAGUUUGUCUGAUGUUCUACCACAACGUGGCGUCUGAUAACAGUGAGGGGGGGUUUGUUAUGUCUUUAUUGAGUAUUUAAGUAUCUUUUGAAACAAAUGACCUGUUCAUCUGUGGCCAUUCCAUCAGGCAGUUCCUUGAUGUUAUUAGUGGGCUAAAGGCAGCUUACUGUGUGUUUGCUGGAUCUUUCACUCAGCAAAAUGUUAGAGUAAGGAAACCCAUCAGGCAAUUGUGUCAGAUGGUGUUUCAUGAGAAUGAGCCAUUCAGUCUUUGCUCACUAUAUAUUUAAUAUUUUAUUGUUGUUAUUGUUAUUAUUAAUUGGCUUUCUGUAUUCUAUGCCUUUUAUUUAUAAUAACACUAAAAAAAACCACAAACCAUGUUUGUAAUUUUAAUAACGUUUUCCCCAUCUUGUAAUAUCCAGAGCUACUUUAUAGAUUCUCUGAACCAAAAGCAUUUUCCUCAAUAGGUCAUCUCUCCCCACCGCAUCAGGGAAAAUUACCCAGUAUAGUUCAGGUUAUGAGAAGGACCAGCCACACAAUCCAGUGCUUCAGUUUUAACAUGUAAAACUCUAACUGCAGAGGUAUAAAGAGCUUACCCAGCAGGUAUAAAAAUAAGAAGUAGAAAUAAAAUACUGUAAGUUUAUUUCUGAGUUUUCUGACUUUUUUUCUAAGAGAUUAUACAGGAGACUCAGGAAGUCUAUUUGCUCACCAAGUUUCAACUAGAAUGUUUCUUAGCACUGCUCUGUGGAUGAAGUGGUGGCAAGAAGACUGGCUUGUGUGCUGACUUCUGUUCUGUUGUUUCGCAAGAGGCUUAUCAUCGUAAAAUGCUGAUCGCCAAUGCCAAGUUACCAGGGACCAAUUUUCUGUUUUAUAGUAUCUAAGUUUAGAACAGAACAUACACCUGAACUGUAGUGGCUUGAUUGGACGGAGGCAGAAAACCCAAAUUUUAUUUUCAUAAAUUUUGUGGUUAUUUAUACAAGGGCUGUGCUAUGCUACCACAUUCUUAUUCAAUAAUGAUGGAUAUUUUUUUUAACAUCGUUAAAUGUUCCCUACCCCUAAAGGUCACUGUUAAGUACAGCAUUCUGACUAUUUGGUUACAAAAGACAUUUGUCUUCUUACUGAAGAGUUAGCUCAGUGGUCAGUGGUUGAUACGUGUGCUAAUAAUACAAUUUCCAGAUUAAUGUUACAAAUAAUAGCGAUCUAUGAGAGAGACUCCAUGAGCCAGCAAAGGCCUUGGAAGCAACAAUUUAGUAAAUUUAUUUAUGGCAGAAGGACCUAAAUAAACUCUGAACCUUUUUUUAGUCCUUUAUAUAUUGUUAUAUUCAGUUGCUCUUGCUUUUAGCAAAUCACCUUAAUGCUUGGAGCUUAUCUUUCUGUGUGUGUGUGUAUGUGUGUGUUAUUCCUUAUUGUCAUUCCAUGAUAUAUCCACACCAACAGGGGAGAAGACAACUAGAAAUCAUAUUUGCCUCAGAGCUUUAUCAUGUUACCUUUGUAAUUAGAGCAGCCAAUGCAAAUCAGUUUUUGCCAGACUCUCUGGAACAGGUUUUUAAAGGGCUUUAUUUAUUAUAAAAAGCAGAAUUAAUGAGGGACCCCCCCCCCUUUCUUCCUUUCUUUUUGUGGUAAUUUUGUCUAUGCUGUAGUUUAGAAUUUCAUUAUAGUGCAUUUCUUAUCCAUCAGAACCUCAGUUAAUCUGCCUAGGAAAAAUAAUGUCAAAGCAAAUGAGAAAAAAGUUCUAUCUGAGUCCCCCUAGAACUAAAGUAAUAAUUCUUUUUGGCCAUCUAAACUGUUUUGGACACUUGUUUUAGAAGAGUGAAAUCUGUUUAGACAGAUCAAUAAUUAAAGACCAGAAUUAAAUGCUUUAAUAAUCAAAGUCUCAAAUUAAACGUGACUUAUAAAUACUCACUAGGAGUAAUUUGAGAAUUAUUCAUCAUUCUGAUGAAAAUUUCUGUUCUAAGAUUUAUUAAUUUUUUUUCUAAUUAAUUGAAAACUUGAUGAGGUCUGUUAGCUUUAGUUUCAAAAAGUUUCAAAAAACUUUUUUGACAAAAAAGUUAUGACCACAGGCUUCAUCCCUAACCUGUACAGCCAUGUUCUGUCUGCACACCUUACUUAUUUGGAGGGACUCCCUGAAGACAAAGACUGUAUAGUUCAGCAGCUCUAUUAGGAAAAAAACUCAGAGCACAUUCCCUACUAAGUUAGGUAUAUCCAUAUUAAAAAGAGGUUUUCUCCUCCGCUUAUUUGUGUCACUAGAGCUAAAUCGUGGACAUAAUGUUCACAAUGCAGUAAAUAUCCGAGUAAUUCCUAUAGUAUCAUUUGUGAAUUGCCUCAGUACUCUAAUUAAUUCUUUAAUUCCCAUUUAUUUUCAUGCCAUUCUAGCCUCAUUCAUUAAUAAAAUUCCAUUUUUACUCCACUAUCUCUCUCAGAAAAAAAAAUUUUUAAUUAAUAUUUUAUAUCUAGACUAAAUGCAUAUGGAAAAGUGCCUUUCUACCAUAAUAGUGCCCCUUUCUUGUAAUUUCAUUUUUCACUAUUGCCAAAAACAAAUAAAUUAUUUCAGUAGGCCCCAUCUUUCAAUUAUUUCAUUUAGCAUUCUUUUCUCCAUUUUUCUAACACCAGAGAAAACAGCUUCAUAAGUCUCUCCCUUUGGCAUAAGAGUAACAGAGAGAUACUUUGCUAGAAUUGUUCCUUUGGGGGAGGGUAAAUAAUAGGUUAUAGAAUUAGGGGCGCCUGGGUGGCCCAGUCGCUUAAGCGCCAACUGUGGCUCAGGUCAUGAUCUCAUGGUUCAUAAGAUCCAAGCCCUCCAUCAGGCUCUGUGCUGACAGCUCAGAGCCUGAAGCCUGCUUCGGAUUCUGUGACUCCCUCUCUCUCUCUCUGUCCCUCCCCUGCUCGCACUCUGUCUCUGAAAAAUAAAAUAAACAUUAGAGUUACAGUGUUGAGGCUUUAUAUAAAUUAUCUAAAUUUGACUUCAUCUCGACCAACUAAUGAUAGGUCUUAUCUGAAUGCUAAUGAAAAUUUUAUUGUCUGUGAGACUCCAUGCACACAAAUGUUUGUAGUUAAAUUUCAGGAAGGAAGUAUUUAAAACAUCUUCUCUCAUCUUACUUAGAUAAAAAUAAAUCACUGACACAAAAUUUAGAUGAAAUCUGGUAAAGUCAAUUUUUCUAACUAGACAACGCCAUGGAAUUCGUCGUAGUGCACUUUUGCCUAUCAGAACCUUUGUAAUCUCUAUGAAAAAUAGUGUCAAAGAAAAUGAAGCAGUUGUAUUGGAAUCCCUCUAGAACAAAGGUAAUAAUUCCUUUCAACAAGAUACAGUUGGAUUGACUGUCCCUCCGGUUUUGUUAUCUUGCCUCUGUCCUGGCUCCUGGCUGCAGUGGUGGUGCUGGAAGAGAGGGCAUCACAGCCGUAGCUUUGGGAUAGAGCUUCUUUCCCCCCUGGGUGUUUCUUUGACUUAGUGGCCCUGAAGACUGCAGGCUUUUAUGCAAUAUUCUUAAUACCCUAAUGAUAUUAUGCACUUUAAUCAUUCCAAAGAAGUCAAGAAUGCUGUAUAGUGAUGAUUCCUUCUUAAUGAAUACAUCUUAACUAUUUGUAUCCCUUUUUAUUUUGGAUAGUCAGCUUGGUGUAAGUGUUCUGUGAAUAUUUUCUAAAAUGACUGUAUCGUAGGACUUGAGACUUUGAAAUGUAAUUGACUAUGUGGAGAAAUGAUUACACUUCAGCAAACCAUUUUAGAAAUAUUAAUGUUCAGCUUGCUAAUGUAUAUGUUUGAGACUUAAUUAAAAUCAGCCCUCUUCCAGUAUUUUGUGUUUUGUCUGUGAGAACAUUGUAGUGUAUAGUUUUUUACAUAUAGAGUGUAACCAGUGGUUUUCAAAAUAUGGUCCUCAGCCCACCAGCCAGCAUCAGUAUCACUUGGGAACUAGGUAGAAAUGCACAUUCUGGAGCCCUGUCAUAGACAUACUGAAUCAGAAACUUUGGAAUGGGGCCUAGCAAUCUGUGUUUUAACAAGCCCUCCAGGUAAUUCUGAUGUAUGCUCAAGCGUGAAAACCACUGGUGUAAAUGGUAUACAGUAAGAUCUAGAAAGGUUUUUCCCCCUACUCAUACAAAUAGUUAUAUAUUGUUCUUUAUGUAAAUUCAGCUUAACCUGGUUAUCCGUAAUCAUUUAUUGGCAAUGAUAAGUUAUUCUUAGUACUGCCUAUAGAAAUAUAGUAUAUUUUAUAUACAUAUACACUUAGUCUAGUUAUUGAUAAUUCAGUUAACUUAGUUUGGCAUUUUCCUACCAUUUACUAAAAAGUUUACAUUAAAUGACUGAUUUAAAUAUAUAGGUGCAAUCUUCUAUAUUUCUUUUAAUUGUUAUGACAUUUAAGUAGCUAAAACAAUUGACGGGUGCUACAGUCUCCUGUUUAUCCAUAAAAUGGGUACCUUGUGGGCAGUGAUAACACAAGCUUUCUUUUCAUUGCCUCUUACUUUACCAGCAGACCACAAUUUUGGUCUGGCUAGACCAACUCUCGGAACAUCAUUCCUUGUAUUUAUAUUUGUAUCUGAGAUAUUAAAUAAGAUGGCUGGCCAGGUCAACAUAGCACCUUAUUUAAUUUCUUUUUUAAAUCAAUAAAACUUAUUUAAAAGUAGCUUGGUUUGUAUGAGAACUGAUGCAGUAGAGAUAUAGCUAUCCUUGGAACUUACGCUUCAGACACGCAUUAUUUACUAAAAUAAAUAUUGGACAAGACAGUGCAUUAUUAAUCUGGGCAUUUCUCCCUUCCCAAUUAUAUGCCUCAUGGUAAAUAUAAACUAACAAGAUAAGUAGAUUUAUUUGUUCAUUUUAAUUUCGUGUGUAAUUUAGUACCUCCAUAAUUGCUGUAAUCUUCCUUCCACUGUUUACAAAUCACCAAUUAAUUAACUCAUGGAAGAAAAAUGCACACUCAAAUUAAAAAUAAUUGUAUAUUCACUUUAUAAAAAUCACCACUGCUGUCUUUGCUUAACACUAGCAGUGGAAGUGUAAGUGGCUUACUCUACAAACCUUGGUGCUGGCAACACUUAGGCAAACUGUGGGGAGAUGCUCUAGGUACAUUCCUCCUUUCUUGUUCCCUUUCCCCUCUUCCCCAGUUGAUUGCAUAAUGUAUUCCUGUGCCCAAAGAAUUCUGUCAUGGUUCUAUUUGACUCCAACUUGUAGUGUCUCUUUUAGAAGCCCCAUGUUUAGCCAUAUUAUCCCUGUUCUUUUUCUUCCCCAGAAGAAAUUUGGUGUGAAAUAGUUUAUAGAGUUUGCUUAUUAUUUUACCUAAUGAACCUCAGGACAACACGCACACACAUAUACAUACACACACACCGUCUCAGAUGUUUGAGGGUGGCUUUGGAAUCAAACUAAUGAGUCCAAUGAAGAACUGUCCUGCACUGAAGGGUUUAUGACUUUAGUAGCUACAAACUGAUCCCAGUGACAUGGAGUUAAUUUCUUUUGAGCUAAUGAAUGUAUCUGCUCGCCUUGUUUCCUUCUAAUUGAUAAGCUCCAAGUAGUUGCUACUCUUUUUGGACAAUUUUACUGAGUUUUAUUCACUUCUUUUAUUAGUCUUUUAAUUUAACAUAUUGCACAUAUUUCAUUAACCCAUUCUCAAGUGGUUUAGCUACCAUUCUGCCAUUAAAUUUUUUUAAUUUAAUUUUAUUUGCUUGAGCACACUGAUCAACCACUGAACUGCCUUCUUCCAUUGUCCUGCAAUGAAAUAAGGAUUACAUUUUUGUGUAUAUGGCUUUCAUAGUUGAGAUUUCAGAGCACUGACACCAGAUAUUUUCAGUUUGUUCUCUGGGGGAAUUUCAUUUGCAUCUAUGUUUUUAGCUAUCUGUGAUAACUUGUUAAAUAUUAAAAAGAUAUUUUGCUUCUAUUGGAACAUUUGUAUACUCGCAACUAUAUUUCUGUAAACAGCUGCAGUCAGAAAUAAAACAUUGAAAGUUUUCA